AUGCGCGUGACCCCCGCGUUCACCGGUCGAGGACCGACUUCUACCUGCCACCGAUGGAGCCAGGGAGCCUACCGUCAUUGGAACAACUGCCCCGGGAGGGCUCCCUACUGUCAUGCCCACGCUGCUGCUGUCCACGCUGCCUUGCUUCGCUCCGUCCGCUGCCCGAUCUGGUUCCCGUACCAGGGUAGCCAAGCGCACUGGUCCACAGAUUGCACUGGCACCUCCACACCGGAUCGGACCCGAUUUGGGCCCAUCGGGGACCCCAGAGCAGCUCCCCAGAUUUUGGCCUCAGGCGUGGGGCCCCUCAUCUACACACUGGGACCCAUCUCCCUGCAGGACAGGGGCCCCUACAGCUGUGAGACAAAUGGACCGGCCCAGAAGUGGACUGUGGAACCGAACCACCAACUGCUUUGGGUCCACGACCCGACUCCUCUCGUAACACUACAGUUGACUCGUGUUGACAGAGUGCGGUUUUUUCACAGUAAAAAUUUUACCAUCAGUUGUGAUCUCCCUCACGACGGCAAAGAGUGGAAAAUCAUGAGAGUGGAGAAAGGUGGCAGCAUCUCUGAGUGCCCAGCUCAGACACGCUCUGGGGGCUCUCGGGUUUGGGUGGCUCCGUGUCCUGCUCCGUCCCCUCUUUUCCCAUGCCCAUGUCCAAAAGCCGACAGUACGAGCCGUUCUGGUGCGAAUCGUCAGGCGGAGACAAGAGCAACGUGUUGA